CCUGACGCGUCCUUUUCUUGAGCGAGCGAGCAAUAUCGAGAAGUCAAAAAAUGUCAGCUGACAAGAUCUUGACCCCGCUUAGUGCCUUCCCGCUGCUCCCUGGAACAUCCAUUGUAGCAGCAGCAAGACAGCUUACUAUCGUUCAAUGACAGACUUCGGUACCUCCCCAACAUCCUCAGACGCCUCGACCUCGUCCGUUGAGAUCGGCGACUUUGUCUUCUGCCGUCACGGCUCAGAGCGUUGCGCCGAAUGCAACUGUGACUUUGUGGAGGACAAUGAUUUCGUUGCGGGCUUCGACUCCGGCGCUGCACGCGAGUCGAUGACGGUCGAAUACGUCAUGAAUGCCAAGGAUGGCGGUGUUCUGUGCAAGAAGCACCGUGCAAAGGAGUGCAAGUCUUGUUUUGCGUUCAAAAAGACGAUCGCCAAGCUCGAGAAGGAUGCUGCAAAGGCUGCCAAGUCGAAAAAAGGCCCUACGUCGAACCUGCUCGUUUGAGAGUUCAGGGACGAAUCAAGAAGGAGGUUCGAGUGUAGCUUGCUUUUCGUGAAACGUCAGUUGUCGAAUCAGAAAUUGGAACGAAAGAAAUGCAUCACAUAUAUGUUCACAUUGA